CAUGGUUGGAGCAUGCUUAUAGCGCGCGGGGAUCUGUGGUUUGUCCGGAAGAUUGCUGCUGUUGUGCUGAUUCACAGCUUCUAGCGUGCUGCUCGAUCGCGCUAUCCAGCAUGGAGAUCUACACGACAGGAAUCCUCUCGCCGAAAUCCUCUCGAAGCACAAAGGAUGGUUUUGGAACUUCUACGGACUACUCGGAUCGGCAGCUUACAAGCCGGGAGUCCAAUCUCAGCGAGCUAUGGUCGAAAACACCAUUCCAAAUGCCUCCCGACGAAGAGGUGUUGAGGAUGAGGUCUUUGGAGAAGGAGAAGCUCAAGGAGCAAAAGAGAAGGGAAAAUCUGCUCCCAGUUGCUGAGAGGACUACGUUUGCUUCAAAACUUGGUUCUACGCGAUGGUCCAAGGAACUGAGACAAGACAUGAUAGAUAUCGACGAGCAAAUUUCAAAAGAGAUGGAGAAGCUCCGGAGCGUGACAAUACUUCCGGUGGAACACUACCACAAAGAAAAAGAGAAUAUGGCCGAGUUCAUUGCCAAGAAACGGGAAAUUUUUCUUGUGCAAAUGAGCUUGGACACGAAGAGGGCGGAGAUCAGGAAGCUGGAAGACAAAAUUUUCCAGAGAGAGGAGGCCUUAAGGAAAAGCGAGGAAAUGCUUGCAGAGGACAGCUUGGAGUUUGAUGCGUUUCUAAAGAAGAACGAUGAGAAGGUGCAAGAGGCUAUCAGGAAGGCUGAAAUGCAAACAAGGCUCAAGCAGGACAAGGCAUGCGACCAUCAUACUCAUAAAAUAACAAGGACAUCCACGAUAACAAAUUUCGCAAUAUAGGUUGCGGAGGCAAAAAGGUUGAACAGCAAUAUUUCAGCUCUGAAGCGAGAUCUCAACAAGUAUAAGGAGCAACUGGACGAAUGUAAGAAGUACAAGGACUUUCUUGUAAGCCUUACGUCAAAAGAGUGGUUUGAAGAGCAAGCGCAGCAGAAAAUAUCACAGAAAAAGGAACCAGCAGCAGCUGAGAGUACCUCGGAAUCUGGAGAUGGAGACGAUGGCGAACAGGAGCAAAUGUUUUUCCGCCAUCCAAGCCAGCAAAAUACUGCAGCUCUUGGAAAUCUUUACCGA